AUGUCAGAUACCAGUAAUCAAAACCAAUUAACAAAAGAAAUAAAAGAUAAUAUAGCAAGUCCAACUACUUCGAAAAACAAUGGGAACUCUAACGAAUUAAAUAACCAACAAAAAUCAAAUAGGAAUCCAUCCUUUGCUUCCAAACAAAGAAAAAAACGAAAAACUUCCAGUUGUUCAUCAUGCAGAGCAAUUAAAACCAGGUGUGAUUUUCAACCGUUGGUGGGAAAAUGCCAUCGUUGUAAUGUCCUAAAAAUGGAAUGCUCUUUGACACAGGAAAGAGAAAAGGAGAUUUUAGAUGCAAUUCGUAUUUCAUCCAACAACAAAGAAAGAAUACAGGGCGUUACAAACUUAGUAUCAAAUCCUGUGGUUACUGUAAUUGAUAACAAAAUAAAUAACUUGGAGAAUGAUAUUAAUCGUAUAAAUCAAAAAUUAGAUUUUAUGAUUUCCUUUUUACAUUCCAAUACAUCUACCUCAAAAAACCCAUUAGGUGUUCAAAGCGUUAGCCAAGAUGUUAUCUUUAAAAACUCACAUUCUUCUGCUACUAGCAGUCCUGACAACAGUCCUGAUAAUAUUAAUGGGAACUCUGUCAGUAUUAUGGAAUCUAAUUCUAAAACACAUCAUGUUAAUUUGUCUACUUCCCCAUUAAAUUUGCUCAACCAACUAGAUGAAAAAUUGUUUAGUACAAAAGCCAGCAAUGAAGAGGACUAUAAAGCCAAACAACAAAGACCAUUUGUUGUCGCUAGAAACGACUUUAUGCAAUUUUUUAACCAACAUGAAAAACUUUGUUUAGAUCUUUCAAGAGAUUUUUUAGUGAAAGCUCACUUUUGGAUCAUACCGGGCGGUAUUAAAAAGAUUGAUGGGAAUUACGUGGAAAAACAUGCCUUUAUAACAAGUGUUUUUGCAAUUGUUGCCAUGGGUUUUGAUGAAAACAACAAGUGCGAAAAAGAACAAGAAAUUUUGUAUCCUAUUGUGGAAAGAUUACUAACCAAUACUUUGACCAUGUUCGAUAAAUUAAUAGACCAUGAUAUUGAAGCUAUUUUAUACUGCUGUAUGUUUACAAUAUCUAGAAAAUCUAAAAGGUAUAGACAAUUAAAAUUCAAUAGCUUAGUUCUAUCUAAUUUUGCCAUUGAUAGCUUACUCACUAUUAUUGACUUUUAUAGGAUCAAGGAUAAUGUUGUGAACAAGUUAGAAUAUAACUCCUUAGAUUUAUAUCACUUAAGGAUUUUAAACUCACUAACCGCAUGUAAGCUAGAGUAUUCUGCAAGUAUGGGCAAAUUUAGUGUUCAAAGUCAACAACUAAAGGAGUUUAAUAAUUUAACAGCAAAGUUUCCACAGGCGACUUUUGGCGAUGAUAUUAAAAUAAGUGAAAUUAAUUUGGGUGAUAUUGUUAAUGGAAUUUUUUUCAAGUUUGGUUCGUUCCUUAACAGAUUGAUGGAAGAAUAUGAUGUGACAGCAAACUCCAAUACAAACGAGAUGAUGAAUAAAAAUGACAAAAAUAAUAUAGAUGGGCAUAACAGUGAACACGAUGACACGAUAUGCAUUUUCCCUGAAUUGGAGGAUUGGCUAAGGGACUGGCACGAGUUAUCUUCUAAAGAUGGUGGCGGUGUGUUGCUAUUUUCGUUUGACUUUUACCAUAUAAUGAUUUGUAGGACUAUAUUGACAGAUUAUUGUGACAAAGAAACUUUUGAAAAGAACCAUCGAUUCUUUGUUCAUAUUUUAAACACGAUGAGUAAAUAUUGUUUUUCACUUUUGAAUGGCUUUUUAAAAUUACCACCAUCAUUAAUUAAAGGCGCUCCAAGCAUAACGUUACAUCAAACUGUUUAUUCAUGCUUAACUUUGUGUGACUUCUUACACUGCUUUAAUAGCUCUGACGACCGACAAAAAGUUUUAAAUAUGUGUACCAAGAUAUAUUGGCAUUUGAAUACUAUUGGGGAAAAAUUGAACGAAGCGACUGAAAAUGUUGGUAUCAUUAUUAAGUCUUUACUAGAUACCAGCAAAGUCAAAAUAAAUAACAAAAUUAGCGUGGAUAUGGACCCAUUGUUUGUGAGGAUCAAACAAGCAUCAAAUUCUUUACCAGCUUUGAUUAAACAGCAAGCUAGUGCUUUAUCAAAAAAGACUAAUGCAUCCAGUACCAAUACUAAUUUUUCUCCUUCCUCUGUUGGCACUACGCAUACUACCUCAAACAAUAAUACCCCUGGUGAAGGAUCAGCCGUUGGCGGUUCAAGAACACCAACUGUUCCCUUUAAUAUGCCAGAUGUUACAAAAUUUGAAUCAUUUGAAGAUUUUUUCCAAGAUUUUUUUUAUAAUUUACAGCCUACGUCGCAACACAUUUUCUCUUGA